UUAACGGAGGGCGGGAAGUCGCUGGAGGAUCUUUGAACGAGUUUGUGCCGCCCUCAGCUGCUCCCGCCUCGCCCCGCCACGGUAGACUUGGCCCACCGACUCAGGACAAGUGCAUCAGGAGGCAGUUUUUCACCUUUGCAAGAAUGACGUCCAUCGCCUCAGCAACGACGCUCCAAGAUCUGGACACCAACCUACGGGCCAAGAUUGAUGUCUUGCAGGUGUGUGCAGACCUGCGUGGGGGCUGGGCUGAGGACACGGUUGGGGAGGUGGAGCAGCAGGCCCGGGAGCUGGAGGCACUGAAGAAGGACAUCGCCUUGUACCGCUCAACCAUUGCCUCUGCCCGCCAGGAGUUGUCAUCCAGCUGUGCCCUCCUGAAGCAGAUGCAGCAGCUGUCACUCCGGCUCCUGCACAUCAAGGAGUACAUGCCCCAGCGUGUGCCACGCCCGGCCCCACAGCAGCAGAAAACACGUUCAAAGAAGUCACCCAGUGAGGAAGAUGCAGCUCCCAUUUCUCAGCCUAAGCCCCAGCCUCCUGCCAAACCUGCAGUGCAGAAGAGCAAGCGACUUCCCACAGUUGAGUUUGUAACCAUGGAAGAGUUCAACUCUGUUCCUAAGUACAUCCGGGGACGCAUACAGUACGCUCAGGUGAACACUGCAGUGGAGGAAGUGAACAAGGCUUUGGAGGCCAAAUACACACUGCUAUCACGGCCACGUGCCAAGCUGUCUGAGAUGAGCAUGAAAAUUGUCUCAGAGUGUCGCCGCCAGGUGAAUGAAGAAACUAAAGGUCUGUUCUUUGUGGUGGACAAUGACAUCAAGCGGUGGAGCUCCCUCAAGAUGGACACGGCUGGCAAGUCUCUUCUUACCAUGCUGCGAACCCUAAAGAGGCUGAGGGAGGUGCGAGGGCCUGGUAGUCUGGUGCGCUACGCUGUACUUGUCUAAAUGAGAGGAAUGUGACUUUACAAUGAGAACCCACUCACAUUGACAUGAAUUAAUGAGGAUGUGGUGUGUUGUCUUCGCCUUACAAUACCUGUCCCUACUGCUCAACUUAAAACGAUGUGCUGUUUCUGUGCCUUACUGAAAUCCUAUGGUUGGAGCACAUGGUGAAUGAUCUGUUGUGCUUGGUCUAACAUCACUACUGUCCCAUGAAACUGCCCAUACAAAACUAUUUUACACAAAGUUUUAUACCACCAUAUUACUAGUGCUGGUUUCCUAGGAAAUUAUUUUAGAAAAGUCGGCAAAGUAACAGUGAAAGCUGACACAACAUUCCACAUAAAGGGGGUCUCCUUUAUUAAUAACCUCCCUACUCGAUAGCAACAUACUUUUGCAACAGGUAAGCUGAAGAUGUCACUGCAUCCACAUGACAUGCAGCUGCUUGCUUAACCACCCACAGCUGACUGAGUAAGUGGGGCAAGCAAAUGAUACGAGUCAAUCAGUUAUCUGCAAGCUGUAGAAAAGCAGAGAUGCAUACUUUACUUGCUUCUCAUAAUCAAACUUAAAUUAAUAGGCUGCUUGGGUCUGAUUUCAACCCUAUUAUAUAGUAUUCAUGUGGGCUAUACUGUCAAGUUUCUCUUUUCUUUUUUUUAGAGGGGGCCUAAUGAGUAAAGGGGACUCCCUGUAUAAACAAAUCAUGGAGUCAAUUUCCUAUUAAUGUUGUGAAUGCAGAGAAUUUGCCGUUGCACCCCUCAGGGACCAAGAUAGAUAUUUAGUCCUUGAAACUCUUUUCCUUCAAUAAUAAUACACUCAUCCAAACUCCAUUGUUGGCUAACAUCACUUUGUUUCAGGCAUUGUAUGAUGUCUCAGAUAAAAUGAUCAGGGUUGCCACCUCUUCCAUAUGAAUGCUACAUGUGCUUCCCCAUCCAGUACACACACAAUAUUAGGUUGUCAUAUAAUUCAUACUUCCUAAUCCCUCCUGCAAAUCUGAACUUUCUAAACAGUCUGCAAGACAAAACAUAUUUUGUAUUAAACAAGACAUUUUAUUUCAAUACAUUUGUCAUUUAA